AUGGAGGGGAAUUCGGGCGGCGGUGGCGGAGGGAAUGAUGUGGAGUUGCUGUGCAAAACUUUGCAGGUGGAACACAAGCUUUUCUACUUCGACCUGAAGGAGAAUCCACGUGGACGAUACCUUAAGAUCUCCGAGAAGACUUCAGCCACCAGGUCCACUAUCAUAGUCCCCUCCAACGGCAUCUCCUGGUUCCUUGAUCUCUUCAAUUACUAUGCCAAUCCCGAUGACCCGGAAGUUUUUAGCAAAGAACUCCAGCUCGACACUAAGGUAUUUUAUUUUGACGUUGGUGAGAAUAGAAGGGGACGCUUUCUCAAGGUGUCUGAAGCAUCUGUUAGCAGAAACCGCAGUACAAUCAUUGUCCCCGCAGGAGGUGCCCGAGAUGAUGGAUGGGCUGCAUUUAGGAAUAUUUUGGCAGAAAUAAAUGAAGCAUCAAGGCUUUUCGUUCUGCCCAAUCGGCAAAACUCGGAACCGUCAGAACACCUUGUUGGACUCUCGGAUGAUGUUGGGGUUGGCUUUAUAUCCAGUCACGGUUCUCAACCUUCCACAGCAACUGACUUGAAUGUGGAUCGGUCUGCCGAUUUGCCACCACCCGAAGAAAUCAAUAACAUGGGAGUCUCCAAAGUGAUACGGGCUGAUCAAAAGAGAUUCUUCUUCGACCUCGGGAGCAACAACAGAGGUCAUUUCUUGAGAAUAUCAGAGGUUGCAGGUGCAGAUCGCUCCUCCAUCAUUCUCCCACUGUCAGGAUUGAAACAGUUUUAUGAAAUGGUGGGUCAUUUUGUGGAGAUCACGAAAGAUCGAAUUGAAGGGAUGACUGGUGCAAAUGUUCGGAUUGUCGACCCCCCUCAGAGAUGA